AUGCUUGGCCUCAUUUUGUUAGUGAUUGGGCUAAUUGAGGCUCAACUCCUCAAUCAAGCCAUCCCACUCGAGACAACCAAAGGCACUGUUUUAGGAGAAGUUGUUGAGUCAUCAGGCACUUGGGGACAAGUCUUUGAAUCGAUUCCUUUUGCUAAGCCGCCUAGUGGAGAGCUUCGAUUUGAGUUACCGGAGCCUCGUGAUCCAUGGAAAGGUGUGUUGGAUGUGAGAAAUCAAAGCGCUUGCUAUCACUAUUUGAGAUUUUCUGAAAAAUUACCUCUUCUCUUUUGGAUUCACGGUGGUGGCUUUAGGGUUGGUGGAAAGUAUUAUUACGAGAAUUCGGGAAUCUUGCGAAAUAUCGCCUCAAAGCGCAUCGUUUUCGCUUCAGCCGAUUAUCGGAUGGGAUUCGAGGGCUUUGUUGCCACUCGUUCAAACGAUAUGCCCGGAAAUUUGGCACUAGAAGACGUCGCUCUUGCACUCAAAUUUUUGAGGGAAAAUGCGGACUCAAUGGGCUUUGAUGUGAAUAAUAUUAUUGUCGCUGGUGAGAGUGCGGGUGGGACAAUGGCUGGGAUUUUUGGUGUGAGUCCAAGGUUAAAAGGUGAAAUCCACGCAGCAAUGCUAUUCUCUGGAUUUGCCAGUGGACCUCUAGCGAUCAGUACCGAUGAGACGCUUGAAUGGUCACAAGAUGUCUUUCGAAAUUGUAGUUGCACAGGAACCGUGAAAGAGAUCAAAGAAUGCAUGAAAGUUGCUCCAAAAACUUGCUAUGACAACAAGGCCACUGUUGACUACUUUUUCACACCGAUUCUCGACAAAUUCCGGUGUCAGAUGUCUUUCAUGCCGGAAAAUACAACAACAGAAAUGGUCAAGAGACGCUUGGGAAAACGAGCUCAUCUGCCAACAUUGUUCAGCAACGUUGUGCAUGAGAUGAACGAGUUGUCGGCGGAGAGUUGGGUGGAUGGGCUUGUCCAUGUCUCGUACAAUGAAACCAUGAUUGCAAUGGAUCUUAUCGAUGAAAGAUUCUCAAUCAACGCCUCCGACCAAAGCGCAGACAGAGAACAGAAGUUUUUCAAAGUGGGCAUGGAAGCCUGGACUGCUGAGACACAACAAGCCCUGCUCUUUCAUGCAGACAAAAAACUGACGACCUACUCAAUAUUAAAUGACGUUUUUGAUGAGCCAAAUGACAAAAAACUGACGACCUACUCAAUAUUAAAUGACGUUUUUGAUGAGCCAAAUGAAGCCUGGACUGCUGAGACACAACAAGCCCUGCUCUUUCAUGCAGACAAAAAACUGACGACCUACUCAAUAUUAAAUGACGUUUUUGAUGAGCCAAAUGUUCCAUUCACAAAUCCACAUUGCACGGAUCACGGUACCGAUGUCUCGUUGCUCUUUGAUUCCACCACCAUUCACCAUUUGCGAUACUCUGCAUUCACACCUGAAGAUCUCGAAACGGGGAAAAAGUUCUCUCAAAAGCUUUCGCAUUUGAUCAAAGAAUUUGCAUAUCACAGAAGAAUCAUCGACUUUUCAACUUUCACAGAGAAAAAACGUGUCUAUCAGACGAUCACCUAUAAAAGUGUCAACGAAAGCGAUUACGAUUUAGAUGCAUACAAGUUUUGGCAAAUCACCCUGCCAAAACGAGCUGGAGCUACCGGUGCA